CAAACACACAAGAUGGCAGCGUUGGAAGACGAGUUUGAAGAUGCGCCUGAUGUAGAACCUUUAGAACCAACAUUAAAAAAUAUUAUCGAGCAGAAAUCUUUAAAAUGGAUAUUUGUCGGGGGGAAAGGUGGUGUCGGUAAAACGACGUGUAGCUGUAGUUUGGCUGUCCAGCUGGCUGCUGUCAGAGAGAGUGUCCUUAUCAUCUCUACUGAUCCUGCACAUAACAUCUCCGAUGCUUUUGACCAGAAGUUCUCAAAGGUGCCUACAAAAGUCAAGGGCUAUGACAACUUGUUUGCCAUGGAAAUUGAUCCAAGCUUGGGAGUCGCAGAGCUGCCUGAUGAGUUCUUUGAGGAAGACAACAUGCUCAGCAUGGGAAAAAAGAUGAUGCAGGAAGCCAUGAGCGCCUUCCCUGGCAUUGAUGAAGCCAUGAGCUAUGCCGAGGUCAUGAGGUUAGUUAAAGGAAUGAACUUCUCCGUGGUUGUCUUUGACACCGCACCUACUGGCCACACGCUCCGCCUGCUUAACUUUCCUACCAUAGUGGAACGUGGUUUGGGCCGACUCAUGCAGAUCAAGAACCAGAUUAGUCCGUUCAUAUCCCAGAUGUGCAACAUGCUGGGGCUGGGUGACAUGAAUGCUGACCAGCUGGCGUCAAAGCUGGAAGAAACACUUCCUGUUAUCCGUUCUGUUAGUGAGCAGUUCAAAGACCCUGAGCAAACCACAUUCAUUUGUGUGUGUAUCGCCGAGUUCCUGUCCCUGUAUGAAACAGAGCGGCUAAUUCAGGAACUGGCAAAGUGCCGUAUUGAUACGCACAACAUCAUUGUCAACCAGCUUGUUUUUCCCGAUGCUGAGAGACCGUGUAAAAUGUGUGAAGCACGCCACAAGAUUCAGUCCAAGUAUUUGGACCAGAUGGAGGACCUUUAUGAAGAUUUCCACAUAGUCAAAUUGCCUUUGUUACCCCAUGAAGUUCGGGGUGCUGACAAGGUCAACACAUUCUCCAAGCAACUUCUGGAACCCUACAAACCACCAAAUAAGUAAUUCCCCUCUUUGCGCGACCAGCCCUCAGACCACUCUUCUCCCCCAAAGACCAGGCGCCCUUUUGUGCUCCCCCAACCGACCUCUCACCUAUUAGUCCUCAAGCCCUCAUGCAAAGCGGAGCAUACGAAUAAGGCGCACUUGAAGUGCAUCUGGUGGCAUAUCCCAUCUACAUAAGCCACCCUGUUAGAAAGCUAGGAAAAUAUGCUUUGGUGCUGCCCGACUCGCCUAUCACCAUGCAUCAUAUCUCUUAAGCAGUAAUAUUCCCACAUUAAAAUGAACUAUUAAAAAGCAUUUUAACCAUUUUACAGCGGGUCACUACAUUACGCUUCAGUCUUUAAAAUCUCAUCUCUAUACUUUCAGACAUAUUUUCCACAAUCAAGGCUGGUCAGCAAGAGGACUCAGUUUUUUUUUUUCCUUCUGUUUAUGGUUCAGGUUUUGUCUGUGGAGUUUACGUGGUCUCCCUUUGCCUGUGUGGGGGUCCUUCCACAUGGCUAAUAGAACACACCAAAUUUGUCCCUAUAUGUGAGUCAAUAGUUGUCUGACUCGUCACGUCCUGCGAUUGGCUAGCAACCAGUUCAAGGUCUGCCCUGCAUCCUGCCUGUAACCCCCAAAUUCCAUAUAAUCCAUGUCCGCUCAGCGUUGCUCUGUUCCGAACGACACAACAAAUAAUUUGCUAUUUUAAUCAAUACAAGGUGGUCCACAUCAUCCGCUCAGCUCCAAUCCAGUUCCGCUUCUGCCCUUCCUCUCUGGUCUGUCAAAGUAAAAAUUCGGGAUGUGCGCAACUAGCCGUUUAAACGUUUAACCGUCUACUCAUAAUUAAACAUUUUUUUUUUUUGUAUUUUACUAGUCUGUUCAAUGCAGCAUCAAGCAUCUUGAGCCCCUUUCAGACAUAUGCUGAACUCUGGUUAAGUCCAGGAAUUUAAACAGGUAACCUUUAUGUCUAAAAGCAAUUUCCCUGGUCAACUGACAUGGAGAUGACACGGAUAUUAACCGGGUCCUAGUAUAAUGUCUGGGGCUUCACCGUCACGUGUUAUACAUGAAAGCAGCUGGUUAAUUCCCCUUUCACAGCGCGUUUUGGUGAACAUAUCACAAAUGUAUUUCUCUUUCAAUUGUUUACCUUUAUUCAGUCAUUUGUUACAUCAAUAGAAUUCAAAUAAACAACUUGUCCUGAAUGUUUGGGUUAAAAUAGCUCGUAAAUACACAAAACCUUUGCAUUUUAAACUUUUAAAUAUCACCUAUAUAAGAGUGUAACGGUAUAGAAUCUUUUACUUUCAAAUUUAUUUAGAGUUUAAGAUGACCCUUACAACGUUAAAUGCUAAUGCUAACGAGAACGUGAAUGGUAUGCUAAUGCUCCGAAACCACGUAGUCCAUCAUUAUUGAGUUUGCAAUGGCGUCACCACCCCUUCCCCCCCUUCUGCUCUGCGCGCUCCAGGGCAGGCAGGUGGUUGUGUAACAAAAUCGGACAACUUGCGCUUCAUUCAACCAAAUUGUUCUAACGUGCCCCUUCACAUCCUCAGUAACUAACAGCGUUACAAAGAUGGGAAAAGUAAUUCGAUAAUUCACUACUGAAAAAAAUAACAACGUUAGAUACGCCGUUUUACUCUAACCCCGUUAUUAAUAACACUUAUGCAAUCGGCAUUGGGCAACGUAGGCAGUCCACAACGGAUUGGAGCUGAGCUGUGACGGACUCUGUGGGGUUUCGGAGUAACAGAGAAACGGAGCAGUUUCAUUAUUAAUUUAACGUUUUAAUAUCUAGAUUACAUAUUAUUCUAAUGCUAAGAUUAUAAUCAAAGCUCACGGACAUUUUUAAUGAGUAUAAUUCAACAUUGGUUUCUUUUUUGGGGGUCUGUGGCAGCAUCCUGAGAUUCUGAAAUAUUAUUAUUUAAGCACUACUCCUAUUGCAGUGUGAGGUUUGAGCUCUUAACUUUCAAAUAUUUUUUCUGAACCUUGUGAGAAUAUUAUUGUAACCCAUGUCUUGCAUCAUGAAGUGCAUUGUUAUAAAUUAGUGAAUGUCAUCCAACAUUAACUUGAGCUGAGCAUUUAGAUGGAUAGGGAUACAGAUUGACUGCUCACACUGCAAGUCAAUUGUGUAAGUGAAUGCAUA